AUGAGACUUGCACCGGAAAGCGUCCGAGAACACUGGCCCACGGCGAACUACAUCGACCCCAUCACGAGAGGCCCGGGCCUUAUGAUAAUCGAACUCACUUUAUUACCAAUCGCCAUAAUAGUCGUCUUCCUGAGACUAUGGAUACGAAUUGGGUGGUUGCAUAAGAGCUGGUGGGAUGAUUACCUCAUGAUAGUCGCCAUGAUCUUCUCGAUUGGGACCACCGUCUUGGUGAUUAUGGCGACACAGUUAUACGGCUGGAACAAGCAUGUGUGGGAUAUGACAUUAUCGGAAGUCGAGACGGGGAGACAGGCGUCAAUGGCCGGUCAGACACUAUUCGUCCUUGCCUCGAGUACCGUCAAGAUGUCCAUUCUCGUUUCGUACUUUCGGAUUGCACCGGAGAAAUCGGUCUUUCGCAAACUCGUCUGGAGUACAUUCACUCUUGUGGUCGCAGCGUUUGUUGUCUUCUUGGUUGCACUGUGGGUGCAAUGCAUCCCAAUAUCCAGCUACUGGAAGCUUCUCGCUGACCAUCGCGACUGUAUUCCCGAAGGGCCGCCUCUCAUUGUACAGAGCACACUGAAUGUUGUGACCGACUUCAUGAUAUACGCGCUGCCCAUUCCCACGCUCUUUUCUCUAUCGCUACCAUGGAAUCAGCGCAUCGGUCUUGUCAUCCUCUUUUCCGUUGGCGGUCUAAUCGUCGUCGCUGGUAGCUUCCGGGCGUACUGGGUCCACUUCACCCUGUACGAAACGUAUGACGCCACAUGGCAUGGCUACCAGAUCUGGGUUUGGACAGCAGUUGAGACCAACGUUGGCGUCAUCUGUGGUUGCAUUCCCGCUUUGAAGCCAUUGCUUUUCCCGUCCCGCGCGCGAACACAGGGCUCAAAGUACGCAAACGGUUCCGGUCACAGCAAAAGAAAAGAGAAGAUAACGCCCGUCAUUGAGCAAGUGGAGAUGGACACACGGAGGUUGACAGAUACCGAUGAAUCGCGUCCUGGCACAGCUGUUGCGUCGCAACCUACACACAGUCUAUCAGACCGGAGACCGAUGAGUGACGCUACAGACAUAAGUCGCUUCGACUUUGACAUCGAGCAGCAAAAAACCUACAUGUACUGA